AUGUCAAAGACAAUCUUUGAUGACUAUGAGACGCGUAGGGUGGAUCCGGCAUUUCUCCGGUCUCUUGAUGAAUUGGCAAAGUCCAAAAAAGAAAUGGCGGCUGCCCAGGCGGCUACGAAUGAACAAGCCAAGAAAGAUUUGAAGAAGGUGUGGGACAAGCUGACCGAGUCGUGCGGGCUCAUGACAAGGGAUGUCAGCGUUUCCAACAAGGCGGACAGUCUGGCCGACUUUUCUGGUGAUCCCGAAAAUCCCUUUGGCAAGAGAUGGGAAUUGCCCGAGCUCCCUGAACUAUUGGAAGACACAGAGCGAUAUGGACAAGCUGAGGACCAAAUAACCAGUCACAACGCACAACCAGAGACUACAGAAGAUCCUGAAGGAGAUCUUAUCUAG